GAAGGUGAGGGGGAGGGUUCUGGAUUGUAAACAGCGAAUUAAUUUAUUCGAAUAGUCUUGUACAACCAGGACUGCUACUGUACUUUGGACUGAAAUUACACCACUGUCAUGUCUGUAGCUUUACGCAUAUUUUCACCGUGGCGAUUUUUCAGAUUUAUGAGCCUUGUCUAAUCAUCAGACCAAUGAGGGUGUGUCUAACUACAAAUGAAUGAAAAUCAGAGGAAUCGUCAACUGCACACAGCUGAUUCUAUGAUGGGGGCGACGGUGGAGCAAUUCAACUGUGCAAAGAGUCAGAUGGGCACGCUGAAGAAAGACCCUGGCAAUGAGGCCAAGCUGAAAAUCUAUGCUCUCUUCAAACAGGCUACUCAGGGACCCUGUAACACCCCCAAGCCAGGGAUGCUUGACUUUGUCGGCAAGGCCAAAUGGGAUGCCUGGAAGUCUCUGGGCUCUGUAUCUCAGGAAGAUGCCAGACAGCAGUAUGUGGACCUGAUUGAUUCUCUCCUCGCUCCUGAGGGACCUGUGGUAGCCACACAGCCCACUGGGAGCGCUGCCACCUUUGACACGCUGCUGGUCUCCACAGAGGACAACGUCACCACUAUCCGGUUCAAUAGGCCACAGAAGAAGAACGCCAUCAAUGUGGAGAUGUACAACGAGAUCAUCAAGGCUCUGGAGGAAUCUGGCAAAGAUGACUCUGUCAUUACUGUAAUCACAGGUAGUGGAGACUUCUACUGCAGUGGCAACGACCUGACAAACUUCACCAAAAUCCCUGAGGGCGGUAUGCAGCAGAUGGCAAAAGAUGGAGGCAAGUUGCUGAGGGAGUUUGUCAAAGCAUUCAUCGAGGUCUUCCCGACAGCAGCUUCCAAACGA